CCGACCGGAAGUGUUGUACGCCGCCGCCACCGUCGCCAUAAUAUCAUUCGGAGGUCCCGCGAGCAGCACGUGCCGCGAAGUCCGCGUGUUCACAAUCGUCUUCAACGAGUGAUCACGAAAUGGUUGAAUUCAACUUCUUGACAUUAGUACUUUUGCUACUGGUGAUGACUACAGAUAACCUCGAAGGUUUGGCGACAACCAAAUCUUUAUCACGUGAAAUAGAUAAUGCUAAACACGUCGAUGCAGUCUUGGGUGAUAAAGCUGAACUGCCAUGUAACGUUCAGACUAUCAAGAAUUCAACAGAAUCGCCGAUUUUAAUAAUUUGGUAUAGAGGACAAGACUAUCCCAUUUAUAGCGUUGAUCAGCGGGAUCACACGACAAGCAAACAUUGGUCAGCUCAUUCUUUGGAAGACAGAAUAUAUUACACAGAAAACAAAGGAUUUGCUGUAUUAAUAAUAGAGGACAUACGUACAACUGAUGGGGGUCAGUACAGGUGCCGAGAGGAUUUCAAGUACGCUCCGACGCGCAACAACUUUAUUUUACUCGAUAUUAUAAUACCGCCAAGCAGACUGGAAAUCUUAGAUGACCAGAAUAACGUCGUUCAGAAUUCCACGUUGCCACCCGUCAUGGAAAACGGGGCAUUAGAAAUCACGUGUAAAGCUUACGAUGGAAAUCCUUUACCACGUUUAAUGUGGAAUAUACGAGGAGAAAAUAUAGACAGUUCGUACGAAAUGAAGAUCGAUGACAAUACAGUGGCCAAUGUGUUACGAAUUGAUCAUGUUCAUCGAGAAAAUCUCGGUAGAGAACUCAUUUGCGAAGCGUCCAACAUGCCAAAUACCAUUCAAGUAUCAACGUCAGUUACUAUGAAUGUUUAUCUGAAGCCAUUAAGCGUGGCUAUCACAGGAGCUGAACACCCUUUUCUCUCAGGAGAGCCAAGUAAUCUCGAUUGCAUUUCAUAUGGUUCAAGACCAGCAGCUAAUAUCACAUGGUACCACAAUGGACAGAUCAUCGAGUAUGAAACAAAAAGGAUAAAGGUGGUGGGAAAUAAUAAUAUGACAUGGAGUACUCUAAGAUUAGUACCAACUGAUGACGAUAAUCAAAGUGUUAUAACCUGCGUGGCAAGCAACAUAUAUUUUCCAGCUGAUACAAAAGAACAAAAGAUAAUACUUAACGUUCAUUAUCCUCCAAGGCUACAAAUAUGUUUAGGCAGGAACCUAAAUGUGUCUAACAUUAAAGAAGGAUCAGAUGUAUACUUCGAAUGUACUAUCAACGCUUCACCGACCAUAACCAGACUUGAUUGGGAUCAUAAUGGAUCAAAUGUCGGACAGCACGAAAGCCGAAGGACAAUUGUGAGCAAUCAAACAUUAGUCUUACAAUCAAUAACACGAAAAGGUUCUGGAAGUUAUCGGUGCAUAGCCUCAAAUGCCAGAGGAAAAUCGAUAAGUGACGCCUAUCACCUUGACGUUAAAUACGAACCAUCUUGUAAAACUGAUCAACAACGUGUAUACGGUGCACACAAAGGAGAAACUGCGUGGGUUAAGUGCGACGUCAACAGCAAUCCUAUUCCUACUUCGUUCCGUUGGGCUUUCAACAACUCCGUAUCUGGAUUGAUCAACGUAGCUAAUUCAGACAAGAGUAUGUCCAUCAUUAAGUUCAAAGUAUCAGAUUUUGGUACGCUUUUGUGCUGGGCAACCAACUCUUUAGCAACUCAAUCCCAACCUUGUGUCUAUCACAUUGUUCCAGCAGGUAGGCCAGAUCCACCUAGAAAUUGCUUGCCAGUAAAUGUGACGAGUACUCGGUUCACAAUUCGAUGUGAACCCGGAUAUGGUGGUGGACUUCCGCAGCACUUUGCAUGCACAAUUGCCACGAUCGAUCGACCAGAUGUAGUCGAAGCCAGUUACGUUGGCCAAACCGGUCACGUUACUGUAAAAAUUACCGGGUUGCGACCGUCCACCCGAUACGUCACCACAGUGUACGCAAGCAACGCAAAAGGCUCAAGUAUCGGCCAUGUACGAGUUUAUGUCGAAACAGCUCCUAAUCCCAAGGACCCACAUGUAGCUGGAGAUUCCACCAGCACUGCUACGCGGUUUUCCGAAGCCGCACACAUAGGUAUCCUGUUUCUCGGAUGCUGCUUCGUGGGAGUGUGUGCAAUGGCCGUGGUGUACGCCAAACGGUUGGCGGCCAACGUCCGUGGACGAUCAGUAUUCCGUGAACGGCAAACUGUCAGGAUUCAAAACGGCGAAGAAAUUCGAUUUACAGGGUCCAAGGGUGUCGAAGAACGUCCAGUUGUCACAAACGAUGAAAGAGGAAUGCAAACAGGAUCAAAAGUCAAAAUCAAAAUUCAUGAAAAUUUGAAAAAUGGACAAUACAAAGAAAUUAAUUCAGAAUCGUCGUAUUCUGUACUAACUAUACAAAAUAUUAAUACUUCACGAGCAUCGCAGUUGGAAGGUCGUUUGAAUGAUAAAAACAAUGUCCGGUUAUUCACACCGACACCGCGAACGCAGAACAGCAAUCAGCAAAAGAUAUGUGAAUCGUUCGUACACUAUCCAAACCGCAAGUCCAACCCGAUGCAGGAUAUGGUUUACACCAGUACGGCCAAACCAUACGCUGAAGUAGAAAGCAUUGUAUAGAUUAACAUAGUUCAUUUUAGCUCACUCUUCAGCGCUUAAACGGAGAUUUUCAUUGUGGUACGCUAAUGAUAACGCGUACACAACAACCGUCGUGGCACAGAUCCACUACACAUAUGUUACAGUGGUUCGGAGAGUGAAGCAAAUUGGGACGUGGCGACUUCCCGCCAGUGUUAGUUCACGGGUUCGGGAGUAACGGCGGCGCAGCCAAUGGUCCGCCGGCGAUCAUGGAAACCCUGUGCAAAGAGGAAGUCCGUCCGCUCAGUCUAUUCAAAUGAUGCAUUAAUCUGUUCACCGAAUGGGUCCAGACGUGGUCUGAUGACGACAAAGACAGCUUCCUGAGUGGCAUACGUUCCAUGGUUGAGUUACCUAACCUAACCUAACCACGGACACGAAUUUUGCAGGGAGAUACGAACAGAAAGCUGUAGGCCAAGUGGUCAGCAGUUCCAAUUUUCCAAACACUGCAGUGGUAUUGAUGGGGAUUAAAAUCCCGAAAGAUUACCAGAAAGAAACGAUUUAAAUGGACUAUGCUCAUCGCAUGUUAUAAACUCUGUAAUUUUAAAUAAUAGAUAUUUCAUUAAGUAUUGAAAGGUUUUACUCGGUCAUUCGUCAUUUUAGUAAUGGAUUCUUACAUAAUGGUUAUUUUAAAUUAAAUCAAGUUGUAAAAUAGAUUUUUACGACUUUCGUCCUAUACAACAUUAUACAUUAUAAUACAAAAUACUUGAUCAUUCCAACCUAUAAUAAAUUUAAUAUUCGUGUAUCUAUAUUACUUCAAUAAUUUACU